UAUGCACUUCCGGGUUAGAGUUAAAAAAACAUCGAUGGCGGCCACAUGCUUGUUGGAACGGUGAACCAGAUCAGUAUAUUAUAACAAAAACAGAAUGAAGGACACACCGCUGUCCAACUGCGAGCGGGACUUCCUGCUUAAAGCCAUCGAAGAGAAAAAGCGCCUGGAUGGACGGCAGACCUAUGACUACAGGAAGAUUAAGAUCAGCUUUGGGACUGACUAUGGGUGCUGCUUUGUGGAUCUGGGACAAACCAGGGUCAUGGCGCAGGUGUCGUGCGAGCUGGUGGCUCCUAAAGAAAACCGACCGAAUGAAGGAAUCAUGUUCUUCAACAUCGAGCUGUCCCCGAUGGCCUCACCGGGAUUUGAGCAGGGAAGACAGUCUGAGCUGUCAGUGAAGCUAAACAGACAGCUGGAGAGAUGCCUGAGAAACUCCAAGUGCAUCGAUACGGAGUCUCUGUGUGUGGUGUCUGGAGAAAAGGUGUGGCAGAUCAGGGUGGAUGUUCACACACUGAAUAAUGAUGGAAACCUGAUGGAUGCCGCCAGCAUUGCCGCCAUCACUGCUCUGUGCCACUUCAGGCGCCCUGACGUCAGCACCCAGGGACAGGAAGUCACAGUGUACAGUCCAGAGGAGAGAGACCCUAUUCCUCUGAGUAUCUACCACAUGCCCAUCAGCGUCAGCUUCGCCUUCUUCCAACAAGGUACUUACCUGCUGGUGGACCCGUGUGAGCGGGAGGAGCGAGUGAUGGAUGGCCUGUUGGUAAUCGCCAUGAACAAACACAGGGAGAUCUGCUCCAUCCAGUCCAGCGGAGGAAUCAUGCUCCUUAAAGAGCAGGUGAUGAGGUGCAGUAAGAUAGCUGGUGUCAAAGUGUCCGAAAUCACAGAGCUCAUCAAUGAAGCCCUGCUGAAUGACAGGAAAGCCAGGAAGGCCGGUGGAAAGUGUGGAUUUGCAGAGUCCAUGCCACAGGAGCGAAUCACAGCUCUGAAAAAGGACGAGACUCCGGUUGAGAUGACAGAUGUGACAGAAACAGCCAAUGGCAUCAUCCAGAAGGGCGAAGCUGCACCUCAGACGGUGCCAUCCCCAGUGGUGCCAGUCCCUGGUGUUGGACAGGUGGGGCAGGGGCUGCAGAACAGCUGGGGACUGGAGGACGAUGAUGAAGAUGACUAUGAAGAGGAAAAAAAUGACAACAGUGGUGAUGAGCAAGUGGAAGAAGUGACAAAGAUGGAUGUGGGCGAAGGAGAUGUGGUUGAGAUAUCAGACAGUGAAGAGGAAGAGGUGGUCAUACUAAACCCAGAGGUGCCAGAAAAACCAAAAAAUACAGGCUCCAAGUCUCACCAGAAGGGGGCAGCAGCAUCCAAGAAACGGCAGAAAAAAUGAGGAACGACUGCAGAUGGAGAUUUGUUCCAAAACGUCAACACGUCAGAACGUUUUAUUAUAAACACUGAGCUGGAUUUCAACGAGUCCCACCUGAAAUGACUGCAACUCAGAAACAAAACAUUAACUUGAUGUUUGUAACUGUUUCAAACAAACGUACAGAAAGUGAAAAUGUUAAAAGAUAGUUCAUCUGUGCACACCAGACUUUUAUAUUUCAGUUUGUUUGCAAGGAUGUAUUUCCUACGUCGAUUUCAAAUAAAAUUAAAUAGCUUUUUUCUAACA